AUGGACAUGACGCAGAGGCAGUUCAUUCAGAGCACGCAAGCAUCAGUCGAGCAGGUGCUGGAAAUGCAGGGUCACAUGGCGGACAUGUCAGCACUGCGUUGGGGGGAGGUGUUGCAGCAUGUUCUGGGGAUGGAGUCCGGUCCCAGCAAGCAGACGCAUCAGAUGAUGCAGCACAGCAGGCGGGAGGCGAAGCCCACUCAGAAGGGGCAGUUGGUUGGCGUGGAGCAACCUCUCAUUGGCACGUAUGGCAGGAUGAGCCAGGAAGAAGCAAGAGAUUACGAGCCAAAGACCGCAUAUCCAGAUACACUGAGCGCGGACCUACCAGUUGCAGAGAAGAUGCAAGAAGCCUCUAGGUUCUUGGGGUCGCCCCUGUACAAGAAGCUAAGGGUGGAUUUCCGACAUUGCAUCAACUCCUACCGGUCGGAGAAGUCCUCUGAUCGAGCUUACCACGUUGGGAGAUUCAACACCCCUCUGGCCAACCCGGCCUUCAUCAAGAUCAUCAAGAAGACAUGUGGAACGCUGGAGGCGUUCUUCGUGGGCAAGAACAUGGACAACGACCACAGUAGCAACCAGGACAAGAUGCUGAUCAUAGGCGUUCCGCUCAAGGCGCAACUCCUAAACCUGUCGCAGCGGCAGAAGCGCGAGCCGCGAGUGGAGAUCAGGCCGAAGACACGCAUUAAGGUAGCCGAGUAUCUUCAGCAGAAGAAGGUGGAAACCGUCAGCAGGAAGCGGAAGCGGAACGAGAGACGCGAUUUCUCUGGUAUGGACAUCAGUGCUGCUGAGGCUGAAGCCAUGGAGCCGGAGGCUGAAGCCAUGGAGCCGGAGGCUGCGGACGAGGCUGCGGACGAGGCUGCGGACGAGCCUGCGGACGAGGCUGCGGACAAGCCUGCUGACGAGGCUGCGGACGAGGCUGCGGACAAGUCUGCGGACGAGGCUGCUGUGCCCGAGGCCGAGAGGUUGAACGUUGCCCUGCAGGAGGCUGACGACUUGCCCCUGGGCAACGCUGGUAGAGUGGAUAAAGACGCUGUGCCUGCUCCGGAGCCACCAGGCAGCGCCAAGGUUGGCAGCCGCCACGGCAGUGAAAUGAGCGGUGGAGUGCUUCCAUCCGCCUCCACGGGAGAGCACACUGACGGGCUGAGGCGCUCAUCCCGUGCGGGCACACCCGAAAAGGACCCCACAGGUCCGGAUCCAGCUGAAGUCAACUCCCCAUCCCCAGCCGAUCGCGGAGGCGAACAACCGCCCUCUCAGAAGCGAAAGUUGUCCACAUCAAGCGGGGGUGGCGUGUCGCAGCUCUUGACGUUCACAGAGAUUGAAGAAGAGUCCCUGCAAGCGGUCGCGAGCGGCAGGAAUAACGGCACGCUUCUCGUUGCAUACAAGAACCAAGACAUCACGAGACAAAUUGCCAAGAGUCUUCUGGCGCCGGACGGGUGGAUUCACCAAGAGGUCAUCAACGCCUACCUGUUUCUAUUGAAAGACCGAGAGGUUCGUGCGAACAACGUCCACAGGAAGAAUUUCCCCAAGUGCUACUUCUUCGAAACGAUGUUCUACUCAGUGCUUCACCCGUGGAAGGGCAAGUACAGCUUCAAAGACGUGCUGGCCAAGAAAACGUGGGUUCCCAAGGAGUACUUUAUGGACUUCGACAAGUUGAUCUUUCCCAUCAGUUUGCCGAAUCACUGGGCUUUGGGCGUGGUGGACACGAAAAAGCAAACGGUCGAGUACCUGGACCCGGCACAUGACGGCAUAGGAGAAUACAUGUACUCGGACGCAGGGGUCCCAGAAACUGUGCUAAGCGACCUCGCCGAAUUCGUCUACGACGACUGUGUAAGGGAAGUCUCCGCGUUCGUCAAGGGCAGGCUCAGUGGCACGAAGCCGAGGACACCGAACACCGGAUUGUGGGACUUAGUCGAGCGGGACGACAUUCCCAAGCAGACGGAUGCGUCCUCCUGCGGGGCGUUCCUGAUGAAGUUUGUUGAGUCCAUCAGCAAGACCAAGUCAGCCGUAAAGGCAUUCGGCUUCACCCAGAAGGACCUGAAGCACUUCCGCAAAACGUGUCCUCGUAGACCUCGUGGAGAAGUCGGCGAAGUUCUGACGGCAGCGGGACGAUUCAGAAGUGCUUGGCAGCUGGUCAGCGGUCCGGGCAGUUUUAGGAGAGAGGCUGUUUGA